AUGGAGACUGACGAAAGUCGUCAUACAAAGUUUUCUAUUUUAAUAUCAAUUCAAAUACCAUCAAUCAUUUGUUAUAUUGGUUUAAUUUAUCAUAUGAUUUCCAAUCGGCCUGCGUUACAAGCUGUUUAUAAUCAUGCUCCACUUGUCAUGCUUUUUGUUGGUGCAGCUACAGUCCUUGUCGAUCUAUCAAUGGUUCUCAACUUUUUGCGUACUGGUAUUGUUAUUCCAACUUCUGAUAUUUAUUGUCACAUCUGGAAUUUUAUUGAUUUUCUUCUUUAUGCACUUGCCUCUAUAAUGAUGCUUUGGCAAUCAAUCGAGAAACAUAUUCUUAUUUUUCACUAUCGACAAUUACUCAAUACACGAAAAAAACGUUUCUUCUUCCAUUAUGCACCACUCAUUACUAUUUUUCUAUAUCUUGCUUUAUUUUAUGUAAUUUUUCCGUGGGAAUCAAGUAUACUUCUUGGAGAACGUAUAAAUCUUCUUGUUUCAUUUUAUUCUUCAUCAAAUAAUUAUUUAAAUACAAAUAAUAAUGAAUUGAUUAUUGAACUUCGUCGUGAAAUAGAAAUAUAUCGUAUUAUAAUUGAUGAACUUCAAACAAAAAUUUUAACUUGUGAAAAAUCUCAACGUUUAGCAAAUGGAGUUGAACUUGAAUAUGAAGAUUUACUUAAAUUUUUAUAUGAAUAA